AUGGGGGAUUUGAAAGCUUCGGAGCGAUUUUUUCACAAGUCCUCAUUCAGCAUCAGCAACCUGUUGCGGAAACGAGAGGGGGUGAUGAGUAACCAGGAGUCUCCCUCUCAGAAACCGCGCUCCGCGAAUCCAGGGAAAUCCAGUCAAGAGGAAAACUUUGACAGUGAAAAAAACUCCGGAAACUCAAGACAGUGGACUUCUUUAGGCACCAAACCGGUGAUUGCAAAUGGAAAACAAGAAGGAAAUAGCGGAGAGCCAAAGAAAAGCGGGGGAGUAGAAGAAAGCUUUAAACCUGAAAAACCUCCUUUCAGUUACAACGCCCUCAUUAUGAUGGCGAUCCGCCAGAGCCCGGGUCGCCGGCUUACACUCAACGGCAUCUAUGAGUUUAUUAUGGAGAACUUUCCAUACUACAGACAGAACAGACAAGGAUGGCAAAAUUCAAUCAGGCACAACCUGAGUCUGAAUAAGUGUUUUGUUAAAGUGCCGCGCCACUAUGAUGACCCAGGAAAAGGUAACUACUGGAUGCUGGACCCCUGCAGUGAGGACGUCUUCAUAGGUGGCACAUCAGGGAAACUCCGGCGCAGGGUCACAUCUGGCUCCAGGGCCAAGCUUGCACUAAAAAGAGGAGGUGGUCGUCUGAUGUCUUCCAGCACUACAACCAGCGUGACCUUGGCCGCAGCGAGUUCGUUUUACUGGCCGGUGGUCCCGUUUCUGCCUCUCCAAACACCAGUGCGUACUCAUAUUGGCACAGGAACUUACCUGAGCGCUCACCCCCGCUUUUCCAAUCAUGCCGCAUCAGUUGUUUCACAACAGUCCCGGUUUAGUCCUGCAGACGCCGAUCGGUUCGUUCAGACGCACCAGGAAAUGUCAUACAUCGGAGUCAGUUGCGCGCCAUCCCGUCGCCAUCAGCUUGGCACUGCCUGCACCGCUUUCUCCACAUCCAUGCCUACAUGUACCCUGCCGCUGUCGGAACCCUGUUCUUUUAACAUGAUCUCCGGACAAGCCAGUUACUUUUACUCUCACCAAAUACCGUUUGCCACAAGUUUUGGUCCGUGUCAAGAGGAAUGCGCAACAACCAAGACAUCUCCGGGACCAUUUUUAUCCAAGAGUGGUCACUCAGACCUCGGAGGAUGUUGUAAUGACUUUCCAAAUUACGGUCCUCAUGUCAGCUUAAGCCCCCCUUCCUCUUGGAAUUUAGAAACAUAG